CCGGCCCGAGCGGCGCGUGCGCAGAAGGAGCCGCCGCGGAGCCCGAGCGGGCCUGGAUGCGGAGUGGGGUCGGAGAAGCGGGCGUCAUGCUGUCCCCCGAGGCGGAGCGGGUGCUGCGGUACCUGGUGGAGGUGGAGGAGCUCGCCGAGGCGGUGCUGGCGGACAAGCGGCAGAUUGUGGACCUGGACACCAAAAGGAAUCAGAACCGAGAGGGCCUGAGGGCCCUACAGAAAGAUCUCAGCCUCUCUGAAGAUGUGAUGGUUUGCUUUGGGAACAUGUUUAUCAAGAUGCCUCACUCUCAGACGAAGGAAAUGAUUGAGAAAGAUCAGGAUCAUCUGGAUAAAGAAAUAGAGAAACUCCGGAAACAACUUAAAGUGAAGGUCAACCGCCUCUUUGAGGCCCAAGGCAAACCGGAGCUGAAGGGUUUUAACCUGACCCCCCUCAACCAGGAUGAACUUAAAGCUCUCAAGAUCAUCUUGAAAGGAUGAAAUUCAAGAACCUAGAUUAGGGGCCUAAAACCAGCAUCCCCUGGGAUCAUGUAGGACCCAGAACUCUCCAAGGACAGGACCUGCCCUGCAAGGGCGCAGCAUCAGCAACCUGGCCAUGGCUCCUGUUUGCAGCCUCUUUAUCUGUAGAGCUUGACGGCUCUAUGAAAGCAGAGGGAACCUCAGCCUGCCAGUGCCUGUGGGCCUGACCGCUGGAGCUAAUGGACACAAGACCCAUUGACAGGCCUAGCAGCCACCAGUGGGUGGGUGGGGGCAGCGCCUGUGGGGGUUUGAGAAUGACUGCAACAGACACUUCUCAACAGUGGCCUGCUGUUUAAACGGGCCCGGGCAGGGGAGAAGGGAGAGGGGAAGAGUGGGAGCUUCAUUCCAGCAUUCCUCUCGGAAAGCGAGACAUUUUCAAGCAGCAUGUGUAACAAUUGGAAUGAAGAGGAAGCUCACAGGUGGUUUCUGAAUGAAGGACAGGAUCCGGGUGCUUCGUGGUUCCCCACAACUCUCUGUGGAGCAGACGUACCAUUCCCCCCACUCGCUCCAUGUUGGCCCGUUUUCCUGCUUGCUCCCAGUGGAGCCCAGUAGGUGCUGCUUACAGCUGCUUGUUCGUCAGAGUCCUGCCCCAGAGAUGGGGGAGGGAGCCUGCCCUUCACAUGCUUCAUGCAUUCAGGAUGCCCCUCCGCCACCUCCGGAAGCAGGGCCAGGGCCAGCGCUGCUCUCUGCGUUCCCUUAUCAGUGGUCUCGGGUCCUAAUGUGAAUGUGUGUGCGGGCAACACGGUGUCUUUCUGUUGAGGCUUCAAUAAAGGUUACCUAAUGAAUGGA